ACGGAAAGUGUCCUACAGUCAUCUCUACAGCUGUAGCUACAUUAUGUCACAUCGCGUACAGUGAAGAGGCUCCAUGUGUCUUCAUGUUGAGUGACUGCAGCAAAAGACACCAUCAAGAAUCAGAAUAUACACUGUAAACAGGGGCAACCUGCAAUUCCAUGGAAGAUGACAUACAAGAUGAAGUCAUUUCACCAUUUAAGGAUAGGCGAUUGGGAGGUUGGCAAAUCUUGCAGCUGACAGCGGGCAGUGGUUUGGCAGUCUAUGCCGUCUGGGCAGGAAUUCUCAUGCCAGGCUUUCGCAGAGUGCCACUCAAAUUGCAGGUGCCUUACAUGCCAGCGAGCAGAUCUCAAGUACGUAACGUUAUGACUCUGAUGAAAGGCCGAUCUGGAGCCGUCGCUGACCUGGGCUCAGGUGAUGGCAGGAUUGUAUUAGAAGCACAUCGUCAUGGAUUCUCUCCUGCAGUAGGAUAUGAACUCAACCCCUGGCUUGUUCGUCUUGCAUACUUUCAUGCGUGGAGAGCCGGACAUCACAGAAGUGUUUCAUAUCGACGAGAGGACCUGUGGAAGGUUGAUCUGUCAACUUAUAAGAAUGUAACGGUAUUUCUGGCCCCUAGUGUGCUAAGUCUUUUACAAAAGAAGCUACUGGCUGAACUUCCUAAAGAUGCUUUGAUUGUGGCGGGACGCUUUCCGUUCACUGAUUGGACGGCGUGUAAGGUAGAGGGGGAAGGCGCGGACAGAGCAUGGGCCUAUCGUGUACAAGAACUGAGACAACGCUGCCAAUCAAAGGAUGAAAAUGUAACAGACUAAACCAGCUAAUUGUUCAGCUACACUAAUAGUUUUAUUUAUUUUAGCUUGAUUUUAUAACAGUUUUAUUGUAUUUUUAAAGAUGUAUUGUGCAAAAUGUUUUUUAAAUGGAUUUAGAAAUAUAUAUAUAUAUAUAAUAUAUAUAAAUAUAUAAUGAUACAAUAAAAUAUCAAUAAAAUCAUAUAUAUAUAUAUAUAAAUCUACUGUAUAUAAAGCUCUGCAAAAAAGUAAGAGACCACUGCAAAAUUUGC